GUGAGUAUCCAGCCAUACAGAAGCCUAUUUAUACGCAUGCGGGAAGCACACUUAUCAACGUUGCCAUUAAAGACAGUGACAAAUUCAAGCGUAGAAGAUUGUGCUCGACAUUGUGUACAAGAAGUGACAUUCGAAUGUAAAUCAUACGAUUACGACAAUUUCGGACAAACAUGCCGUCUACAUAAUUAUACGCACCUGGACUACGAAACCGUAUUAAUGCCUGGACCGCAUGUGGAUCAUUACAGACCUGCUUACGAGAAACUAUUUCAUCGACUGCCAAACCACGUGGUAACGUUACAACAUAACCUGAAAAUACCAGGUGUCAGCGUUGAAGAAUGUGCACGGCGCUGCAUUCUCGAGACCAGAUUUAAUUGCAGGGGCUUUGACUAUGAACGUAAACUGAAAAACUGCUGGUUAACUGAGGCCACACCUGAAAGCGUCAAAGGGGUACAAGUAUUUGCCAACGCUGAUUAUUACGAACGCAUUCCAGAAGGACCACUCUCCAAAUUUGUGAAUUAUGGCUUCGGAUCAUUGCGACCACUAGAGGGCGUGCAGCUGUACAAAAAGAUCAUGUUAGGACUGACGUUGGGCGCAUGCGCACAGCUCUGUCUAGCGGAACAUACUUUCAAGUGUGCAACAUUUGAUUACUUGUUUGCCGAUCAGUCAUGUCACAUGAGCAAAUAUAUUGCUGCAAAUGUUCAUGGAAUUGCGCCUGUCGAUGAUAGCAACUUUCGAGUCAUGCAUUACGAGCUGAAAGAAGAAUACCUCGAAUACUUCUAUCCGACACCUUAUUCUGUUGUGUUCGGAAAUAACGAGAAAACCUACGACAGAGUUACUCCUAACAGAUGUGCUCGGAACUGUUUGGAGGAAACAUCAAUUAUUUGCCGUUCUUUCGACUAUCAGAUCCGUGAAGGAACAUGCAUGUUGAGUUCAAAAACGGGGAGUGAUGUUGGAGGACUGUACAAUCAAGGUUUUUCUCAGGUUCAUCAUUUUGAAUUGAAACCAUUCUUAGAUUGUGGCGGUGUAUAUAACAAAGAACGAGGUAACCUAGCUUCUCCUAAUUGGCCCCGGAAUUAUCCCCAUAACCUUCAUUGUGAAUGGGUCGUCACAGUGCCAAUUUUUAAGGUCGUCCGCCUUUGGUUUACCCAUUUCGAUCUUGGUUACCCAGUUGGAGAUCCUUGUAGUUCACGGAACGAUCGGCUCUUACUUCAAGAGCGAGUACCAGGCAAUGGGCUGGAAACAUUCUGUGCAGGUGCGCACACUAAGGAGAUUAUAACGAAGACAAACAAUGUGAGUUUGGUUUUUAUAACAGAUGCCAACCAUGACGCUCCAGGAUUCAGAAUAUUUUACAAUGCCGAGUGGCCUUGCAACGCAAUCUUAACGAAAAAUAACGGAGAAUUCGCCACUCCAAACUGGCCAAACAAUUACCCAGCUAACACUGACUGUAGGUGGAUCAUCAAAGGCCCCAUUCAUGCUUAUAUUACUUUACGUUUUACGAAAAUUGAGCUUGAGAAUCAUGGUCUCGGAUUGUGCAAUAACCGACUGGACAGCAUACACGUUUAUGACGGAGAAACUACCGAUUCGGAAAGAAUUGCCACGCUGUGCGGAUCUAGAGUACCGGCAACUUAUGCUUCUACUUCAAAUGUUCUGUUAAUUGUUUUUAAAUCAGACGAACGGGUGGAGUUAAGCGGUUUCCAUGCCACCUAUCGUUUUAUUUUCCCCACCAUCCGAACAACUGCAUCACCAUUUCAAAAGGAGAAAAUCACCGAAAAUCCACCAGUAUCUUCGAAUAACGUACCCUACACUACAACGUUUGUUCCCUCGGGAUUACCUGAUACACUUUUGACAUCUCAACAAAAUAUGAGUCGCUCCAAAUCAAUAUCGACGACAUCAGCUGCUACUACACCCCCAGUUUCUUCGGAAAAAUCUUUGACUGCAGCUUACGGCGAACCAACUAAAUUUCCACUAUAUGCUGAAAGUGAAAAAUUCGUCAGUCAAGUCAUUCAGACGACUAGACACGUAAUGGAUAUAAAUGAAUCGAUCAAAACCUACAAAGAAACAGAAACACCCGGUCCUGUUGAUGAAGAAACACCCGUUGGUGAACACAAUAUAAUACGAAUAGAAAGAACCUACAGAUCCACAUUAUGGGGCCUUGCUGGCUCCUUAUUUAUUCUUCUUAUUGCGGCUGUAAUUGUUCUUGUGGCAGUGUGUCGCUACUACAGGAAAAGGUUACCGAAAAGAAGAAAUAAUCCUAACUUUCCAUUUACAGAAGAAAAUGUCUCUUUAUAUGAAAAAGAAAAAGACGCUGUUAUCGUUUUCUAUGAUAUGAUCAACGGACAGAACGAAGAUACAGAAUUUCAACCAGUCUGCAACAGUGCUGUACCGGACACUGCGUUUUCGAAUCCGAUGUAUGAAGAACGCAACAGUCGACAGCAGUUAUUGGCAGCUGACAGUAGCACGCGGUGCUAAAUCCAUGUGACACAAGCGUCCAAAAGAUCUCAUUUACAGUAUGGUCUUUAUUGCAUCAAGUACUGGCAUAACAAGUAAAAAUAAAUACAAGACAAAUAUACAAGAAAAUCUGGAAACCGAAAGAAUUCAUUAAAAAUCCCACAGAUAUUAAAAGCAACAGAAGAAAAUUGUGAAUGAAAGAAAUUGAAAUAAAAGACUUCAAUGUGUUAAAAUAACCUGCACCGAA